CUCAUUACACUGGCAUGGAUUGACUCAAAAGGGAUCUCCCGAGAUGGACGGUGUGGUUGGGCUCACUCAGUGUGGCUUACCACCAUCGCAGAAUAUGACGUAUCGGUUUGUCGUAAACGACCAUCCCGGAACAUACUGGUAUCAUGGCCAUUCAGGUCUCGCCAAGGUUGGAACGCGCGGUAUCGCGGGAAUGUUAACUGUGAAGCCAAAAGAAAGUAGCUACAACCCUCAUGAGGAUUUAUACAAUGCGGAGAGAGAACUGUUUCUGCAAGACUGGAGUCAUGAAGCACCUGGAGAUAGUUAUCUGAAAAGUAUGGGGAGCUUGCAUCCACCAGUUGGAGUAAGUGCAAACGCACAUUAUGUUGCUCUGUUUCCGUGGGUAUCUGGUUUGAUGAAUGGCAAAGGUAUCAAGGGGCACUCUGCUACCACUAGCACCGUUAAAUAUUCCGUCAUCAAUAUUGAUGCAGCACAUGAAAACCAAAAUUACACAAAGAGCACUGAUCAGCUAACUACUCCGCUUCCAACAACGGGAACAAGACUACGCAUCGUUAAUGGUGGUGAAGUUUAUGCUCUAAAAAUUUCGGUUGACAGACACAAGCUCUUGAUCAUAUCGACCGAUGGGACAGAUACCGAUCCACUAGAAGUCGACGCCGUGGUUGCCCACGUCGGGGAAAGAUUCGAUGCUGUUCUCCUUCCGCGAGAGCUCGAAGAUACUUAUGACUACUCGAAAGAUAACGGAAACUUCUGGAUUCGAGCAACAACUUUAGAAACAGACGAAGGUGUUCAGGUAUGUUCAGGUUAGAUAAGAUCGAAUGAAUCCUUUCACGAAUGUGUAGAUUUACCGAAAAAUGUACUUUGUUCGAUCCGGAAAGUCCAUACAAUGAUUGUUUAUUGCAAAAUAGUCAAAUCCUCAUCCACUCCUCUGGUUUGCAUUUCAAUUCUUACAAACGACUCCGAUAGAUCCCAAAUGAAAAUCAAAUCUUGGGUAUUUUGCGGUACGAGGGAUCUCCCGAUGUAGUGCCCCAAACGCAUUCAUAUCCUGCUGCUGAGGAAGUGGUUCUGAAUUGCUUCGAUUCGUAUUCCAGACCGUCUCUAGACAAGAACUCAAAAUGCCUUCCUAUUACAGCGCUUCGUACGCAUUCAUCUAUUAGCCGUCAUUACGACGCACUCAUACAACAUGAGCCUGACGAGACCCACGAGGUAGCGUUCGAGCAUCCAAGAAGUGGAAAAUAUUUUUCACAUUUUACGAGAAUCCGUCAAAACGUCUACGACACAGAAGUUCCAUCGAGAGACUCUCAUUUCGAUGGCGCAUAUACCCAAUUCGUUCUUCCAAGUAGGCCUGAAUAUGUAGAGGACGAAGAUAUUGGGGAUUAUGUAAACCACGAGCACACCCUUUACCUCGAAAUUAACAACGGCAGUAGAGUACAGCUUAUUUGGAAUCAUCAGCAAAGAGUAGCCAAUCCAAUACAUAUCCAUGGAUACA